AUGGAUUACCAGAAUCGAGAGGAAAAAAGGGCAAGAAAUGCUCAGUACGAAAGGGAGAGACGUCACGCAGCUUCCGAGGCUAUGUCGAUUUUAGCCGAAGCUACUGGCUGUGAUCCCACUCUGUCAAAUGCAGACAUUUUAGCCACCGCUUUAGCGCAGCUCCAGAGGGCAUCUGAAAGAGACCCAGAAGACGAUAUCGCUCAUAUAAGGAGAUGUAACGAAAAGUUGUUGCUCCAAGUGGAAAUUUUAGAAGAACGUUUAUCUAACUGGGAAGAACCUGAGAAUAAUACCGAUGCUCACGAUAACGAGGAAAUUACUGUUAGUGAACGUAAACGGAAAGGAGAUUUUGACGAAAAUAAAAUAAGCAAAAUAAAAAAAUGUAAAAGUGAGGAAAACAUUCUGAACACUUCUUUAAAUUCGGACAUCAUUGACUCGGACACACUGGAAAUGUUUUGUUCGCCUUCAGAUCUGAACAUCAUAGAAUCUGUGUGCAGUGAAUGGGUUAACGAAGAAACUGAUUCGGACAAUAAAGACGAUUUGGGCACACUCGACUCUUUUAUAAACUGAUUUUUAAUCAUUUAGCAACUAAAAAUAUGUGUGAUAUUACAUUAAAAAUAAUCAAUUCAAUUUGUGUGCAAUAAAAUAUUUUUUUUAAA